UGAAAACAUCACUGCGAAAUGUGAACCUGACCCGUUAGUUACAAUUUACAAUACUGAGAAAAUAUACUCUGAAUAGUCGAUAGAAACAGUGAAGUACGUUCUUUCACGGGCUCUCAUUAUUCUUACAGGGAUCCUAGCGUAAAACAUGCACUCACAACGUUUUCAGCAAAAACCGAACAAAAGUUGUCAGCGCCAGUGGCAACGUAAAAUGGCUACCAUCUGGCUUCAUCCGCGUUAUUAGACCGUAACGCUUGCCAUACAAUUUUUUUGACGUGUUAAUUUUUUAAACUAAUAGUACGUGUUGUGUGUGGUCCAUUGUGUACUAAACGUACAUGUCACAGGUGAAAUUGUGUUAAAAAAAUAUCAGGGUUUAGUCUAAACAUAGGCCUCACGGGAUGUUGCGUAUUGUUUCUUGGUUGCUAUGGAUCCCGAAAACCAGCACAUCACGCCACGGACGCCUGAAAAUAGAUCUUUCUCUGCACCAACGCACCUGAUUCAAGCGAUCAGUGCAUUAGCAAGCUCUGGAGAACCCUGAAAUGAUCACGAUCAAUUGAAUCAAUUGUUUUGGAUUAGGGAGAGCUCAAAACAUGCAGGAUAUGGCUCUUAAGGAACCGGAGUUCCCUACCCCAGUUCUACAAUGACAGUAAAAUGUGAUUUGUAGGGGGAAAAGACAGUGAGUCGAGAAGUGUAACGCACAGAUGGAGAUGUCGUCACACAGCAGAGUCAGGGGAGGGCUGCGGAAGCACCCUAGAGCCAUACAGUACAGCAAGGAGACCCGGGACCUGCUGACAUCAAUGAUGCAGGAGUUCACUCUCAGCAACCUCCAAAGAAAACAGAUCAGUGACUGUCUGAAGGAUGGCUCAGCCUUGCCACCGAUCACUGAGUCUUUAUCAUCACUGUCCUCACUUCAGCUGAAAGCCAGUCAAAACUGCCAGAAACUUCUACCCGUUCGGCCUCUGAGACGGAGUGCCGUUUCUUGUCGCUCUGCAAACAACUAUGUCCGAGAAAAGUUCUGUCCUGCUCCCACCAGAGACUUAGAAAAAGAGAAGAAAAGGCUUCAAAACAUCUUGGCAACAGGACAAGAAGAGGAAUAUACAGCCUCCCAAAAUGUUGCUGGCAAUCGGAAGCCUGAAGUGACAGAGGAGACAGACCGCUAUCAGGAAGUUCUGGAUGAGAUUCAGGAAAGAAGACAAUUCCUGGCUGAUAUGGCCUCAUUAGGACAGGAGAGGCAGUAUAUCCACAUCAUGAACACAGAGAUAUCACAGAAAAUCAGGGAACUGGAGCUGCUGAAUGGCAAACAUCCAAAUCAGGAAGCGGUGUCUGAGCUGAACGUGGAGCAGAGAUUGUGACAUUUGCAAAGACAAGUUCACAGUGGCCAAUCCGCUUUGUCUGAAGUGUGAGAUGACAUUUGCAAGAAAUAAACAGUAGUGAUGUACUUGUAUCAACUUGCUUUAUUUGUCCGCCUUCCAGUCUCACCAUUAUUUGUAUUUUCUUGCUGCUGAAAUUGC